CUUCACUUUAUCAAAUACCAUAUGUAGGUAUUGAUUGUUCCGGGUUUUCAUCGCAAACUUCAGUAAAACUCAUUGUGACGUGAAGAUCUAUAUAGAAACUUACAAUCUACCUUGUAUCACCACUCAUUGAUCAGCUGGACGUGAGUUUAUCGCUCCAGAUACCUCUCCAGAUGCGUCCGCCUUACAUGCGAAUCCCUUAUACGGAUGCUUUAGCCUCCCCUACUAUCUUUCCCAAAGCCGCAACAACUAUAUCGGGAGCCGUCGAGGCUUUACAAAAAUUCUUUCAAGUACCUUCAGCGAGGGGCUUCCCUUCCACGGUAGUUCUCACCGGUGCUGGCAUAUCCGUAGCUAGCGGAUUAGCAGAUUAUCGAGGGCCCAACGGCACAUAUCGAGUAAACAAGACAUAUCGACCCAUCUACUACAACGAAUUUCUCCAGAGCCACGAGGCCAGGAAGCGAUAUUGGGCUAGGAGUUUCCUUGGUUGGACUACACUCCUGAAGGGAAAGCCGAAUGCCGGUCACUACGCGGUAAAACAUCUAGGCGACUUAGGGCUAGUUCAGAGCGUGAUUACGCAGAAUGUGGAUUCUUUCCACCCUAAAGCUCACCCCGGUCUCCCCACGAUCGAGCUACAUGGCUAUCUAAGAUCUUGCGUGUGUACAUCAUGUCACGAGGAAUUACCCCGAGAUACAUUUCAGAAUGCGCUAGCUAGACUGAACCCUACCUGGGCAGCUUUCCUACAAGAGAUACUAGCCUCUGGUGCCUUGGAUACCGAGAAUCCGGAUGAGAGACGGGCCAAGGGGUUGAGGACGAAUCCUGAUGGUGACGUUGACCUUCCAGACGCCCCAUACACGACGUUUCGCUAUCCCGCCUGUCCGAGAUGUCUCUCGACUCCACCUGCCACCGCUGAUGGGAGCCCUGCAAAGGUCGAGGUCGAUGCGGAUGGCGCAUGGAAUCCGGAGAGUACAGCGGGUGUACUGAAGCCGGCUGUUACUAUGUUUGGAGAGAACAUAAAACCCUCCGUUAAAUUGGCCGCAGACCAAGCUAUCGAGAAUGCCGGGAGAUUGCUGGUUUUGGGGACAUCUCUUGCGACAUACUCUGCUUGGCGACUGGCCAAAAAAGCCAAAGAUCGAAACAUUCCUAUUGCAAUUAUUAACCUUGGAGGCGUCAGAGGCGAAGAUGCUUUCUUUGCUAACCUUGACCCGUUCCAAGAAGGGGCUCAAGGAGUAAGGGUGGAGUUGUCUACCGAUGAAUUACUGCCGGCCCUCGUAGAACAAAUGAGACAAUCAUCGAGCAUAGAGGCGGCCCAGGAAAAAUAUGAUCAUGGCGUUGAAGACCACGGUGCCUCGGUUUUCAAAGAUAUGAUGUCGUAAUGCCAUAUAUAGCGACC